GGUACCAACGAGUAUUACUAUGGACCAACAAGAUUUGACCGCUUCACAUUGGGAUGAUGUAUUUUCUGCAUCGUCCUCUCGGCCAUUUGCAAGUGUCCCUGUCCCUCUAGAAAAUGGAUUCCAAGAAUUCAACAAGUUUAAUGAUGAAGAUAAAGAUGGGGAAGAAAAUGAACAUCAAAGAGAAGAAGAAGAGGAAGAAGAACAAGAUGAUGAUGAAGAAGUAGAGGAGGGGCAAAACAACUUAAAUUCUAAUCUUGCGGAUUUAAAUAUUAAUUUUGCGGAUUUAAAUAUUAAUAAGCCAUCUUAUGGAUGGAACGAAGCUGAGGCUGCUCAAUUAGCCGAGUUAAGUAAAGAAGAAAGAAAGGAACAUCGAUCGAAUCUCAUAUCUGAAUUGACCGAUGGAGUAGCUGAUAUCGACAGUGUGAUUGCACCAUCUUCACCGGCUCGGCCAAUUGCGCAAUCCGAGUCUCUUUUCAAGGAAACUACAAGUCCGAUUAAAAUAAAGGAAGUAGUUUCUAGUACAGGAACACAAAAUAACAAUACAUCAACAAACACUACCGAUUUGGGUAAAAGUAAACUUUUCACAAGAUCUCGGAGAUAUAACCCAAAGACUGUAGUGGAAAACUUAAGUGUUAAUCCGUUGGGUCCCUUGGGUGGAUCUGAUACCACUCUGGAAAAUGAAACAUCUAAAAAUGUCCGUGAAUCUUUGGUUCAAGAGGUUGAAUCUCCAUUAUAUAAGAUUCCUAGUGCAGCAGCAAAAGCUGCAGAGGAUGUAGCAAAGUUUUCUCAACCAAUAAUUUCUAAACCUAGAAAUGGUACACAAUCUGACGUUGAUGAUGACUCUGGGAACUCCCCACAAGCAUCUAAUAAUUUGGAGAUCACUGUGGGCGACCCUAUGAAGGUUGGGGACAUCACUAAUGCACAUAUCGUGUACUCAAUUACCGUUAAACACAAGGAUGACCCUUCAUCCAAUAAGGAGCCAGUUAUAAGAAGAUAUAGAGAUUUUAGAUGGAUCUAUCAUCAAUUACAAAAUAAUCACCCUGGAAUAAUAAUCCCACCUCCACCUACAAAGCAAACAUACAUUGGCCGGUUCAAUGAAAACUUUAUUGAAAAUAGAAGGUUAUCAUUAGAAAAAAUGUUAACUAAGAUAUCUAAUCUUGAUAAUUUACGUCAUGAUUCUGAUUUUGAAAUGUUUUUAACUAGUAAUAACUUCAUAGAUGAAUCUAAAGAACGGGAAAGAUUAAGUGGAUCUGAAGCAUCUGUGAAAAAUGAUGAUACAUUGGACAGUAAUAGUGAAUUAUCUUCUUCCAUCAUUGAUACCAGUACAAGUGGUGGAGGAGCAGGUGGAUUUAUGUCAUCAUUAUUUUCAAUUUCAAAUAAAGUUAAUGAACCAAAUGAUUUCUUAAAGGAAAAGAAGAUUUAUAUUGAAAAUUUAGAACUUAAUUUAAGAAAUUUUUAUAAAUCACUUGAAUUAAUUGGAAUUCAAAGAAGUGAAAUAAUCUUAUUAGUGGAAGAAAUAUCUAAUCUUUCAGAAGAACUUUCAAGUCUUGAAAUUCUGAAACGAACAACUGAUUUACUUGGAGAAUUUAGUGAAGUUCAUAUUAAAUUAAAGGAUAAUUUAGAUCGAACUAAUCUACAAGAUCAAUUGACUUUGGGAUUUACAAUUGAAGAAUAUUUACGAAUUAUUGGAUCAAUUAAAAGUGUAUUCCAAACAAGACUUAAAAUUUAUACCAAAUUUCAAAAUUGUGAACAGGAAUUAAACAAAAAGCAAAUUCAAUUUGAAAAAUUCUGUAGAAAGAAUCUGUCUCAAACUGAUAAAAUUAAUUUGUUAAAAUUUGAAAUUGAGAAACUUGAAGCGAAAACUGUCAAAUUUAAACAUCAAUUUACAACCAUUACUGAUACUUUUAAAGAAGAAUUAGAAAGAUUUGAAUUUGAAAAAAUUGAUGAUUUUAGAAAUAGUGUUGAAAUCUUUAUUGAAAGUUCAAUUGAAUCUCAAAAGGAAUCAAUUGAAUUAUGGGAAACAUUUUAUGAACGUCAAAAUCUUGCUGAUAUAUAGAGAAGAAGAUAUAGAUAAACAGAUAAGAAAAUAACGGAAA